AUGGCCGCGCGGCGCCGGGCCGCUGGGGGAGCCGGCCGCGCCGGACCGGCCCUGGCCGCGCGCGCUGCACGAGGAGAGCGGCAGCGCCUCCGGGUCGGCGAGGAGGGACGGGAUGGGGGCCAGGCGGCGCCGGAUCGCGCGGUCCCGGGGCGGGAGAACCCGGCGGCGGCGCCGGAUCUGCAGGAGUUAGUGGACCAGCUGAAAAGGGGGCUUAUGCUAAACUGGAUAAGCGAGGAUCAUGUAGGGCAGCAGGUGAAAGAUUGA